CUCGAGGAACAUCCUCAUACUCGUAGGCAAGUAAACGAAGAGAACAGCCUCGGAAGCACUCUUUCUUGGUUUUGUUGCGAGGCAAAGAAAAGAAUUCUUUUGGAGGGAAGUUUUCUCCGAUUUCUCUUGAAGGGCUUUCCUUGAAAUCCCCACCUCUUUGACCAAACAAGGACCCAUCAACAUCUUCCCCUGUUUUUCUGAACUUUUGUCCGAGGCUUUCAGCUUCAAAACACAGAGAGAGAGAGAGAGAGAGAGAGAGAGAGAGAGAGAGAGAGAGAUGGGUGUUGCAGGGACUUUGGAGUACUUGUCUGACUUGAUGAGCAGCGGGUACAAACACAAGAAGAGGAAGCAGUUGCAGACGGUGGAGCUGAAGGUGAGGAUGGACUGCGAUGGCUGUGAACUCAAGGUCAGGAAGGCUCUCUCUUCUUUAGACGGGGUGAAGACGGUGGAGAUUAACAGGAAGCAGCAGAAGGUGACGGUGAGCGGGUACGUUGACCAGAACAAGGUGCUGAAGAGGGCCAAGUCGACGGGGAAGAAGGCGGAGAUAUGGCCCUACAUACCCUACAGCGUGGUGGCUCACCAGCCGUACGCCGCCCAGUCCUACGCCCAGUCCUAUGACAAGAAGGCCCCUCCCGGCCACGUCAGGAAGGUCGAGCCCACCUCCCAGAGCGCCGCCGCCGCCGUGGCCCGGCACGAGGACCCUUACAUGACCCUCUUCAGCGACGACAACCCCAAUGCUUGCUCCAUCAUGUAGGACUAGGAACCCAGGUCCGCUGUUGCUUUGCGAGAUUAACCGUUCCCGCGGUUCGGUUUGCGGUUCAAUCAUGUGAGAGGAGGAAGGAGUAUGCAGACCCGAAUUCGAAUUUCGGAUUGGUGUAUAGUCGGGUAUCGAGAUUUAGACAAAAGUGGGAGGACAAUUGGGUUAAUGAGCGUCAAAAUUAGCGUUAUGUAUCCACCUUUGUUAUUAGUAACUUAGAAUCUGGAGAGUGUUUUAGCCAGGGUUGUGCCCUUUUGUAGGCUAGCUGAGUUUUGAACUCUUUUCUCCUCUUUCUUCUUCUUGUACUUUAUCAAUGGCUAUGUUGUCCUGUAUGAAUUGUAGGGAUCUAUUGCUCCUUUUGGGUCAUGUAAUGUGGCAAAUGAUAGUGUAUGCAAUGGAGCUUUGCUUUGUGUUUU